AUGACCAGUACAUUACAUACGACAAAAAAAGUGCUCUCCAUUCAAUCACACGUCAUACAUGGCUACGUGGGAAACAAGGCCGCUACGUUCCCACUUCAAUACAGAGGUUGGGAUGUGGACGUAUUGAACACAGUUCAGUUUUCUAACCACUCGGGGUACGCCCACUUCACAGGCUUCAAAUGCAGCACUGAGGAGUUGGUAGACAUUGUAGAGAAGGGCUUGAUUGGGUCUCUUAGAAUCAAGUAUGAUGCCGUACUUAGUGGCUAUUUACCCAAUGUUCAAGCCCUGCAAAAGGUAGCAGGAAUAGUGGGUCAAUUAUGUGAGGGGAGUGAAAACGUCAAGUGGAUAUUAGAUCCUGUACUGGGCGAUAAUGGAAGGCUGUACGUGGAUCGAGAAUGUGUUGCGGUAUACCAAGACAUUUUACAAAACUUCAAAAUUUUUUUGGCCACACCAAAUCAGUUUGAAAUGGAACUGUUGGUGGGGAUGUCAAUUCGUACCUUAGACGACGCUAAGCAGGCAUUUAAACUAUUUCAUAAAAAGUACCCUCGAGUAAGCCGAAUAGUUGUCACUAGUCUGGAAUUAUCUGAAUUCCUGAGCAACGACACUUACGUAGUAGCAGGGUUUGAUUGCUCGGCCAGUGAAGAGAUAUUCUUCUAUGAAAUCCCCAAGAUCAACGCAAAAUUUAGUGGAAGUGGUGAUUUAAUCAGCGCCAUGCUCACUGACUCGUUACUAGGCGACCGCCGCUGCACACAGCUGUCAUUAAGCGCAUCCUUGGGCCAAGUGCUGUGGCUCGUCACCAGUAUCCUACAAAAAACGUAUGAUUUAAACAUAGCUGAGCGGGGCCCACAAGAUUCCACGAUAGAUAUCAAGGAUUUAAAGCUGAUUCAGUGUAGAGACAUCCUAAAGCAAGAUCUCAUACCCUCCAUUGGCAAGCCAAAAACCAUUAAAAUAUGA